GAAUGCUGAGUCUCUUUCAGAAAGAGGUUCUCUCAGGUACCAGAAAACAUGAGCAAGUUUAAGAAGUACUUUGUUUUAAUACUGAGCGUCAUUUCCUUGAUAGUUUUUAUAUACAAUCAAUCAGAAAAUGGAAGUGAAGCAAAUAUCUAUUCAAAGACUGACCCGGAAACUGGAACCCAACCACGGCUGGACAUUGUCGAGGACAGGAGAUGUGAGGGGAAGAUCCACACGAGCCCACUGCCACUGAAGCUGAAGCACCGACAGUACUCAAGAAAGAUGCUGCUUUAUAAACAAUGCAACAAUAACUUGGACAUCAGUGGCAAAUGGGCAACAUUUGACGACAUUCCCCAUGAGGAGUUGCACAACCUGCUAGUGGACGACAGGCAUGGAAUUAUCUAUUGCUACGUUCCAAAGGUUGCUUGCACCGCAUGGAAACGGACUAUGAUUGUUCUGAGUGAGAGUCUGAAGGUGUACGGUGUACCUUACAGGAACCGUCUAGACAUCCCCAUCGAGGACGUUCAUGGAUCUUCUCUACAGCAACUUAAUGCAUACCCCAAGGCAGUAAUGAAACAAAAAUUUGAGACAUACCAAAAGUUCAUAUUUGUUCGAGAUCCUUUUGUCAGACUGAUUUCAGCCUACAAAGAUAAAAUUCAAAGCCCAAAUCAGAUAUAUUAUGAAAGGAUUGGGAUAAACAUAUUAAAGAAAUUUGGAAAUGUCUCUAAUCCGCCAGCAUCUGUAGAGCAAGCGCACGCUCAAGGCAUUGUUCCGUCUUUCUACAACUUCAUUCAGUAUAUCCUGAGCCUCCCAGCAGGAAAUUACACAAAGUUUGAUGAACACUGGCGACAAACAGUUCACUUGUGCCAUCCAUGUGCGAUCGAUUAUGACUUUAUUGGGAAAAUGGAAACUAUUGAGGAAGAUGUUGAUCAUCUGCUGCGAAUACUCAGAGUCGAUAACAUUGUUGACUUCAAACCGUGGACAAGAAGCAAAACAGAGCAGAGUGAGAUAAAGACCUGGUUUUCCAACAUCACCAUAGAGUGGAGGAGGAAACUCUAUGAUAUUUAUAAGGCAGACUUUAAACUGUUUGGAUAUGAAAAUCAUGACAAUCUAGAUGAUCCUAAUCCAGAAAACUUUAUAUGAAUCACGUUGUUUAUUGUGUUGUGUUAUGUAGUAUGAUUAUUGUUUCAUGACAUUAGUAGCUUCGUCAUAUUUAUCGAUUUGAAUGUCAGGGGUGUCAUGGUAAUGGAAAAUCUUAUUCCUGUUUCUCACACUACAUUUGAUUUGUUUGACUUCUGUUUUUCUUGUUGUAUGUUUUAACAAUUAAAGAUCUCAUAAUUACCCUGGACAAUACAAAUGAAGAUUUUUCUGUUUUUUUAAAUUGCUUCAAGACACUAAAAUUCCUCUUAAUAAGCCAAAAGUGUAAGAUGAAAAUUGCUGCUUGAUGUUUCAUGCUAUAAAUAAUUUUUGUACCUGAUGUUAUUGUGUCAAGUUUUGUAAAUUAUUUUUUCCCUGUAAAUUAUAUUUCUGCAUCAUCAGAAUUUUAAGUAGUAGGACAACCUGAAGAAAAAAAAAUAAAUCGAAAUAAAUAAAUAAUAAUUGUCAGUGUGAAAUUACAGUGUAUAUAAAUAAAGUGGAGAAACAUUAAAAAAAAAAAAAAGACUGAGCUGACCUAUUUUUCCAACAUGACCAUUGGGUGUUGGAUGAUAUUUAUAAGGCAGACAUAAGAUACUUUGAAAAUCACAACACUCUAAAUGAUACUGAUCUGUAACUCAUGAUCUGAAUCAUGUUGUUUGUUGUGCUGUGGUUUGUAAUAUGAUUAAUUACCUUUGAUUUAAAUGUCAGCGAUUGCAAAAGUGUGUACAUACCUAAUCUUGUGCAAUGUGUUGAAGCACAACUUUAUUUUUUUAUUACACCAUUCACAAAAUAUUGCCAAUAUUUUCCCACAUUUUCUUUAAACAACUUUUUCAACACAUUUAAAUGUAAGCGCCUCUCUUAUGCACAGCCUGCUUCAAGUCACGCUACAGAUUUUUCGUUGGAUUUUUAGUUGCACUCUGGUUAACUCAUUCAAAAACAUUGAUCUUUUGGUUAAGCAAUUCCUUUGGUGAUGUAUGGAGGUUUGCUUUGCUUUCAUUCCCACUUACAGACACGUUUUGCACUAAAUUUGACUGGUAUUUCUAGCUAUUCAUGA